UUCAGUCGGCGGCAGGGGAAGUCCCGCAGCCCGGCGAGACCGCCUCCCCGUGCCGAGCUCGCCGCGCGCCCCGGCGUCUCCGGGCGGCCCGAUGCCCCGAUGCCCCGCGGGGGCCAUGGACGAGGGGCCCGUGGACCUGCGCACCCGGCCCAAGGGCGCCCCGGGCGCCUCGCUGCCGCUCCGCAAGCGCCCCCUGCGCAAGGCGUCCCCGGAGCCCUCAGCUCCCCCAGGCCCCACCGAACCCCUGGACGCCCUGCACGGCGGCGGCUGCGAGGUCCUGGCCGUCCCCGGGCCCCCCCACGGUGUAGCCAGGCCGGAGGCGCUUUACUACCAGGGACCUCUGGUACCCAUCUACCCUGCUAUGGGCGCCCCCUUCCCGCUGCUGAACCUGCCUACACACCACUACCCCAUGAUGCAACCCAUUGAACACCCCCUUUCAGCUGACAUCGCCUUGGCUACCCGUGCAGAUGAAGACGGAGACACGCCUCUUCACAUCGCCGUGGUUCAGAGAAACAUGGACAUUUUCUACCGGUUGCUCGCCCUCUUCAAGAUCGGGUGCCGGGGAGUCGACGUGCACAACAACCUGCGGCAGACCCCGCUUCACCUGGCCGUGAUCACCGGGCUACCGGACAUGGUUCGGCUCCUGGUGAUCGCCGGUGCCAGCCCCAUGGCCCUGGACCGGCACGGCCAGACCGCAGCCCACCUGGCGAGCGAGCACGGCCACCCCGAGCACCUGCAGGCGCUGCUGGACAGCGCGGCCCCGGGCUCGGUGGACCUGGAGGCUCGCAAUUACGAAGGGCUCACUGCCCUGCACGUGGCCGUGAACGCGGGCUGCCAAGACGCCGUCCAGCUGCUCCUGGAGCGCGGCGCCGACAUCGACGCCGUGGAUAUCAAGAGCGGCCGCUCCCCCCUGAUCCACGCCGUGGAGAACAACAGCCUGAGCAUGGUGCAGCUGCUGCUGGUGCACGGAGCCAACGUGAACGCUCAGAUGUACUCAGGCAGCUCGGCCCUGCAUUCAGCUUCUGGCCGCGGACUCCUGCCUCUGGUGCGCAUGCUGGUGCGCAGCGGGGCUGACAGCGGUCUCAAAAACUGUCACAAUGACACGCCCCUCAUGGUAGCGCGCAGCCGCAGGGUCAUUGAUAUCCUAAGGGGGAAGGCCUCUCGGGCCGCCUCAGGGUCACAGCCCGAGCCAUCCCCGGACCAAAGCGCCACCACGUCCCCCGAGAGCGCCAGCCGCCUCAGCGCCAACGGCCUCCUGUCCACGCCAAGCUCCUCACCCUCGCUGUCUCCCCCGAGGGACCCUCCCUGCUUGCCGGGGACUCCCCAGAACUUCUUCCUCCCAGCUGCAUCUUCCCCUGCCUUCCUGCCCUUCCCAGGGGUCCUCCGAGGCCCGGGCCGGCCGCUGCCUGCCUCCCCGGCUCCGGGAAGCAGCUGAGACGGAGGGGGGGGGCAGAUCCGGACUCAGGAGGGGCCUCCCUGCCCGUGGGGACCACUCUUCGGGAAACUGUGAGGACUCGUUCUGCUUCCCCCAGUCUUCGGGACCAGGUUUGCACCGAGGCACCUUCUCCUGAGCACCUAACCGCACUCUCACGCCUCCCUCGCCCAGGACUUCCGGCCCCACCUAUUCUCAGGCAUCCAGGCUCCGGGCUGGAACCUAACAGAUGUUCCAUCCCAGAACCGGAGGAACCAAAGGACAGCCCUCCUCUGCCAGCCUCCGCCCCGAGGGACCUGGAGGGACAGAGGGGUCGGAGCAGGCACUGAUCACAAUGUAAAUUAUUCGGUUUCGCUCAGAUUUCUUUUGUAAUAAACUAUUUUUGUACCAUA